GCCUGAUCACGUGAGCCGGUUCCAAGAUGGCGGCAGGGGUGGCCGGGUGGGGGGUUGAGGCAGAGGAGUUCGAGGAUGCGCCUGAUGUGGAGCCGCUGGAGCCCACGCUUAGCAACAUCAUCGAGCAGCGCAGCCUUAAGUGGAUCUUCGUCGGGGGCAAGGGUGGCGUUGGCAAGACCACCUGCAGCUGCAGCCUAGCGGUCCAGCUGUCCAAGGGGCGGGAGAGUGUUCUGAUCAUCUCCACCGACCCAGCCCACAACAUCUCCGAUGCAUUUGACCAGAAGUUCUCCAAGGUGCCCACCAAGGUCAAAGGCUAUGACAACCUCUUCGCCAUGGAGAUUGACCCCAGCCUUGGCGUGGCCGAACUGCCUGACGAGUUCUUCGAGGAGGACAACAUGCUCAGCAUGGGCAAGAAGAUGAUGCAGGAGGCCAUGAGUGCCUUCCCCGGCAUUGACGAGGCCAUGAGCUACGCAGAGGUCAUGAGGCUGGUGAAGGGCAUGAACUUCUCGGUGGUGGUGUUUGACACGGCGCCCACAGGCCACACACUGAGGCUGCUCAACUUCCCCACCAUCGUGGAGCGGGGCCUAGGCCGCCUCAUGCAGAUCAAGAACCAGAUCAGCCCCUUCAUCUCCCAGAUGUGCAACAUGCUGGGCCUAGGGGACAUGAACGCAGACCAACUGGCGUCCAAGCUAGAGGAGACGCUGCCCGUCAUCCGCUCGGUCAGCGAACAGUUCAAGGACCCUGAGCAGACAACGUUCAUCUGCGUGUGCAUUGCUGAGUUCCUGUCCCUGUACGAGACGGAGCGGCUGAUCCAAGAGCUAGCCAAAUGCAAGAUCGAUACCCAUAACAUCAUCGUCAACCAGCUCGUCUUCCCUGACCCUGAGAAGCCCUGCAAGAUGUGUGAGGCCCGCCACAAGAUUCAGGCCAAGUACCUGGACCAGAUGGAGGACCUGUACGAAGACUUCCACAUUGUGAAGCUGCCGCUGCUGCCCCACGAGGUGCGGGGGGCGGACAAGGUCAACACCUUCUCUGCCCUCCUCUUGGAGCCCUACAAGCCCCCCAGUGCCCAGUAGCACUGCUGCCAGCCCCAGUCGCUACCAUUUCACACCCACCCUCCACCCCCCCGCCGGGGGGGGCAGAGUUUGCACAAAGUCCCCCCCCAUAGUAUAGGGGGAGCCACUUGGGGGGCGGGGGGCGGGGAGGAGGUCUGUUCCCCCUGGUGGGGCUGAGGGGGCUGUAGCUGCCCCCCACCUCUCCCUGCCUCUCGCCCCUCAAUAAAAUGAUCUUAAACCACUA